GCUAAGCUGAGCAGCAUCGUCUUCAUCAUCACAGUACAAAUGAAGAAGUAUGGCUGCACACUACAAAUAUGUCCCCGUGUUUUAACCAGAGCCAUGGUUAAAACAUUUCCAAGCGGACAGAGCACUUUUUCACCAUGAGGAUCCACUGCAAGGUUGUGGCGAUCGCGGUAUGUUUCGGAGUUUUUCUACUUUUGUACUUUUUCGGGGGGAACGCUGCGGACGAGCCGCCGCUGAAGGAAGUUGCGAAAGAAAAACAUUCCCAAUCCUUCAGUCACAUCGAGGAUAUAGCACCGGCGAAUGAAGCGAAACAAACCAACGAAGAGCCACAAAAGCCACCGAAACUAAUCCGCAAAGAGCCGAAGUUGAGCAGCGGAGGAGGAGGGAAUGUCAUCGCAAAGACUCGGCAGAAAAGUGAGGUGGGGCGUCCUGGGUCAAAGGUCACACAAGCAGAGGAUAUCAUGCACUUGGCAGUGGUGGCUUGUGGGAACCGUCUAGAUGAAACGCUCAACAUGGUUAAGUCAGCACUGCUCUUCAGCAUAAAGAUGAUCAAAUUUCACAUCUUUGCAGAGGAGGACCUGGCCGAACAAUUUGAAAAAGGGUUCAGUCAGUGGCCUCAGACGGUGUCCUCCAGGUUUCACUAUAGCAUAUAUCCAAUCACCUUCUCUGUGGGGAAUGCAGACGAAUGGAAGAAACUCUUCAAGCCAUGUGCUGCCCAGAGGCUGUUUCUUCCCGUUAUCCUGAAAGACGUGGACUCGCUGUUGUACGUGGACACAGAUGUUCUCUUUCUUCGCCCUAUGGAUGACAUCUGGAAGUUUCUGAAGGCUUUCAACAGCACUCAGCUAGCUGCCAUGGCCCCAGAGCACGAGAUCCCCAAGAUCGGCUGGUAUAGCCGCUUCGCAAGACACCCCUUUUAUGGAGUCACAGGGGUCAAUUCAGGGGUCAUGCUAAUGAACCUCACACGGAUUCGUAGUACUCCGUUCAGGAACAGCAUGAUCGCCAGCGGUCUGUCGUGGGAAAAUCUGCUUCACCCUCUCUAUCAGAAAUACAAGAACCACAUCACAUGGGGAGACCAAGACCUCCUCAACAUCAUCUUCCACUACAAUCCAGAGUGUUUGUACAUAUUUCCAUGCCAGUGGAACUACAGGCCAGAUCACUGCAUGUAUGGAAGCAACUGCAAGGCUGCGGAAGAAGAGGGAGUGUCUAUUCUUCAUGGUAACCGUGGCGUGUACCAUGACGACAAGCAGCCUGCCUUCAGGGUGGUGUAUGAUGCCAUACGUGAGUAUCCUUUUGAGGAGAACUUGUUCCAGUCUUUAUUUUACCCUCUUCAGACUAAGUUCCUAGACACAGUUAACACCCUUUGUGGAAGGAUACCACAAGUGUUCCUCAAACAGAUCGAGAAGACCAUGAGGGCUGUUUAUGAGAAAAAAGUGGUGCACCGUGUCCGACUGCCACACGAGUAAUGAGCCUCGACUGCAUUUCAGCAUCAUAAGGAAGAAUCUCGGCCUGCUGCUUGAAACAGAGUGAUCUUUUUCAUCGAAGACAAGCAGUGCCAAAGGCAAGCUACAUUUGGUCCAUUAGGCACAGUAUGAGCUUCAUGAGCCAGAGGAGUUGGAGAUUUAAGCUGGAAGUUUCAUUUGAGCAGACGUUUUGGUCUGCUGAAUGGAAACCGCUAUGCAGGAUGAAUGGAAUACCAGCAAAACUCUUGAAACAGAGAAGUGACCAAAUGCAUCGAGUGUCUCCAACUGUGGGGAAACCAACCACCUGAAUGUUCCUGAAAGAAUAUGAGAGACUCGUUGACAAAGCCAAUCCAAAAAUAUGGAUUCAUUACUGUUUAUUUACAACUGUGUUGUACCAUUUUUCAGCAUCUAGUUCAUUAUGUCUGGUAUUACACAAUUGGAGCAUUUGUGUCUCAGUAUAAUUGAUCUAAUUCUUGUCCUUAAGUGGCUGCACCAGUUUGUUUGUGCAUUCUGCUGCUAAAUAACGCCUUGUUUUCAAGCCACACAAAUCAAUGUAGUAUACAGAAACAACCAAAGAGAACUAGCCUGUCAGUCUUUAGAGCUCAGCAAGAUUCAGUUUAAGCACAGCCCUAAUGGUGGAUGAUCACACUGUUUACAUUGAAGAUGACUUGUUAGUAAGACUACUAGAAAGAAGCCUGAUGUUGUAAUUUCGUCAUUGGGGUUGCAUUUUUA